GUUCCAGAGCAACCGGCUGUCAAUCAGGACGGCCGGGGCGAGCUGUCAAACGCUACUCGGGUCCCAGUGACCGGGAGAGAGCAGACUGGCUUCAGGGUAUUGAGAGGGUGCACUGAGAUGGCAGAGAUCUACUGACCGUCAGUCUCCAAUCUUUUACAGGUGUACUGGCGAACGAUCAACUGAGACAACCAGAGCAAAAUUCGCCCCCUCCCCCGCAACCUCGCCUUGGAAUUAAUGCCAUCGCUUUGAACUAGAAAUGAGAAUGUGGUUCCUGUUGAGUCAUUUUUUUGCAUUGUCAUUCAUUUGCUGCUUGGCAGAAGACAGUAGGCAGCAUGGACCAGUGUUUGAAGAGCAACCACUCCCUACAAUCUACCCAAAAGAGUCUGAGGAGGCAAAAGUGUCUCUAAACUGCCGGGUUCGGGCAAAUCCCCCCCCAGUUUACAGGUGGAAACUGAACAACCGUGACAUUAAUGUGGAUGAUACUCGUUACAAUAUGAUUGGUGGUAACCUCGUUAUCAACAACCCAGAAGAUGUCAAGGAUCGUGGCAAAUACCAGUGUCUUGCAACAAACAAGUACGGAACCAUUGUCAGCAAAGAAGCCAACCUGCAAUUUGGAUACCUGGAGAGAUUUCCAACAGAGGAGCGCCAAGCUGUGGAAGUGAAUUUAGGAGUUGGGGUCAUGCUUCUUUGUGCUGCUCCUCCCCAUUUCCCAGAUGACCUCACCUAUCGGUGGCUACUGAAUGAAUUCCCCAGAUUCAUCAUGUCUGACAAACGCCGUUUUGUCUCUCAGACCACUGGGAAUCUGUACAUUGCAAAAGUGGAAGAGAGUGACAUGGGCAACUUUUCCUGCAUUGUCACCAGCCCGUCCAUUUCCAAAAGUGUUUUCAGCAAAUACAUUCCUCUCAUCCCUCAGACUGUCGGCGUUGUGAAAAGAUAUCCUGCCGACAUCAAAGUCAGGUUCACCGACACCCAAGUCCUGAUGGGCCAGAACCUCACUCUCGAAUGCUUUGCACUUGGAAACCCAAUUCCUCAGAUCCGCUGGUGGAAACAGGAGGGAAGUUUGCCAAGCAGUGCUGAGCUGCUCAUCUACAACUCAGUGCUAAGACUCACCAACAUCCAGCCUGAGGAUGAAGGGACUUACGUGUGUGAAGCAGAAAACUCCAAAGCAACAGACCGGGUUGAGGGACGGCUCACCGUACACGCUCAUCCAUUCUGGAUUCGGUCGAUCAAUGACACCAUGCAAGACAUCGGGAGUGACUUCACCUGGCAGUGUGAAGCAGGAGGCAAGCCUCAACCCACUUACAAAUGGCUUCAUAAUGGAGAGGUCGUCUAUGGGGCCCGGUUCCGAGUGGCUCGAGGGGAGCUGCGUAUUUCCCGACUGACUCUGCAAGAUUCCGGAAUGUACCAGUGUGUCACAGAGAACAAAUACGGAUCCCUGUAUUCCAACGCGGAGUUGAAAGUUCUCGUUUUGGCCCCAGACUUCAGGCUGAACCCAGUGAAGAGGAAACUGCUGGGGGCCAGGGGAGGUAAAGUGCUGAUGGAUUGCAAGCCCAGAGCUGCUCCCAAGCCGACCUUCACAUGGAGUAAAGGCACCGAGCUCAUCAAGAAUAAUUCCAGGAUGUCCAUUUGGUUCAAUGGCACUUUGGAGAUCCGGGAUCUGUCUGAGGCUGAUGAGGGAGUCUAUACCUGUUUUGCAGAGAACAACAGAGGAAAGGCUAACAGCAGUGGCACUUUAGUAGUGACAGAACCCACUAAAAUCACCCUUGAGCCAUCGAACAUUGAUAUUACCGUAGGGGAAAAUGGCACUAUGGAGUGCCAUGCAUCCCAUGAUCCCAUGCUGGACCUAUCAUUAGUCUGGUCAACAAAUGGCUACACGAUUGACUUUGAGAAAGAGAAAGACUACAUGGAGCGUAGGAUAGAGAAUAGACAGAGUGGAGAAUUGUUCUUUAAAAACGCGCAGCUAAGGCACACUGGGAAAUACACCUGCACUGCUAAAACCACCGUCGACAGCGUGUCCGCAUCUGCAGACCUGAUUGUCAGAGGUCCCCCCGGACCCCCUGGAGGGGUGCGAGUUGAGAAUAUUGGAGACACCUUUGUGACCUUGACCUGGAGUCGAGGGACAGACAAUCACAGCCCAAUCUCCAAGUACACUAUCCGGCAGAAGUUCGUCGAUUCUGAUGAAUGGAAAAAUGCCAAGACAGAUCCUCAGGAUAUAGAAGGCAACAUGGAAACAGCAAAGGUGAUCGAUUUGAUCCCAUGGAUGGAUUAUGAAUUCAGCGUCGUAGCAACCAAUACCCUGGGCUUGGGAGAACCCAGUUUGCCAUCCGCUAAAAUCAGGACAGCUGAAGCAGCUCCCACCGUGGCUCCGUCUGAUGUUGGAGGAGGUGGUGGAAACCACCGGGAAUUGACAGUGACAUGGACGCCUCUACCAAGGGAGUACCAUUAUGGAAGCAGCUUUGGUUACAUUGUUGCCUUCAAGCCAAGUACAGCGAAGGAAUGGAGGAAAGUCACGGUGCCCAACCCUGAAGGCAGCAGAUACGUUCACAAAGAUGACUCUUUAUCUCCGCGCACUCCAUUUGAAGUCAAGGUCAAAGCUUUUAACAGCAAAGGAAAUGGGCCGUUUAGCCUGUCUGCAUUGAUAUAUUCAGCAGAGGACGAGCCUAGUGAAGCUCCUCCACAAGUGACUGCCAGGAGCCUCUCAUCUUCUGAAAUCGAAGUGAUAUGGUCAUCGGUGACUGAACCAUCAGUGGAAGGCUACGAGAUCAGGUACCGAAGGGACAUUGACACUGAGGCAGCUGCUCAGCGAGUAAGAACAAUUGGAACUGACACGAUGGCCAGGAUCAGAGAUCUUAAACCCCACACACGUUACUAUGUGGAAGUCAGGGCCUACAACAAAGCAGGAGUUGGCCCUUCAAGUCAACAAAUUGCAAUCACAACAAGGAAAGCACCUCCCAGCAUGCCUCCAAAAAUAAUUGACACCACAGUGCUCGGUACCUAUUUCAGGAUUUCCUGGGAAGCAGUCACACCUUUGGACAAUGAGUCGAAUGUGGAGGGCUACAAGGUGCUUUAUAGAAGAGCUGGCACAGUAAACAGCACGCUGUUACAGACAGUCGGAAACAACAUAAAUAUACCGAUUCACGAUGAGGGAGACUACAUUGUGGAAGUACGGGCCUAUGGGGAAGGAGGAGAUGGAGCAGUGAAUUCAGUCAAAAUUUCUAAAAGUUCAGGAGUCAAUGCGCAGGUCUCCUACAUCUUGCUCAGUUUCGGCCUGAUCUUUGGUGCCAUCAGCUGCCUGGAGCUGUGAUUGUAACCAACAUUAUCUUAUCUUCACAUCAGUAAGGAGCUCUCCGUGAGGUGACUGAAUCGUCUCAAGCCUGUAAGGACCUUGGCUCGCUGCAGACAUCUCUGGUACCAUCAAAAGCCAAAUAUAAUAUGAAUUUGAAAGACUUUAUUGAAUACUUCAAGAAGACAGAAGGCAUCAGGAACUCACCCUCCCUUUUCCCCCUCCCUUCUGACCCAACCCCUCCCUCAAACCCAAACCCCACACAAUACCAAGUAAACAUAACAUUGGAAGUGAUUCAAAGGAAUUCUUUUGACUUGUUCCAAUAUGCCUUAUAUAAACACUCACACUGAUCUAGGGCAGUUGCAUGAUGUGAUCUAAUGGUGCAAGUUACCAGUGACAAAAUACCAUAGCUUAGAGUUUGAAGGAAAGAAUUUAAAUCACCACACAUAGGUGCUCUAACAUUUAACAAAAAACCUGUUAAGUGUGCUAGACA